ACUUCUUCCCCUCUCUCCCUGUUUAGUGGCUAAAGAUGGCGGAAGCUCCUCCAUGGCCCAGUCGCUUCUUCUGUCACAGAUGCUCAGCAGAGAUCAGUCCUCGGCUCCCCGACUAUACAUGUCCAAGAUGUGAUUCAGGGUUUAUUGAGGAGCUGCUUGAAGAAAGAAGUGCUGACAAUGGCUCCAGGUCUACAAUCUCCAGUGGGCCCCAGAACCAGCAGCAAACAUUUGAGAGCGCAGACCAGCACUUGUUCACGUUCCCCUCAGGAUAUGGUCAAUUUGCUUUGGGUGUCUUUGAUGAUAGUUUCGACUUUGGGGCUGGACUGGGAACAGAGGACAACCGGGAAACUGAAAACAGGAGGGAAAGGGAAGCGGCAUCAAGGCAAAGAUAUGGUGCUAGGCAACCAAGAAGUCGUCAUGGUUCAAGACGGCAAGCUGGGAGGCAUGAGGGAGUACCCACUUUAGAGGGAAUCAUUCAGCAGCUAGUGAAUGGAAUAAUUGCACCUACUGCAAUGCCAAAUAUUGGUGUUGGACCUUGGGGAGUUCUUCAUUCAAAUCCCAUGGAUUAUGCCUGGGGUGCCAAUGGGCUUGAUGCAAUUAUAACACAGUUAUUAAACCAGUUUGAGAACACAGGACCUCCACCUGCUGAUAGAGAUAAAAUUAAAAGUCUUCCUACAGUACAAGUUACAGAUGAACACGUUGCUUCGGGGCUGGAAUGUCCUGUGUGUAAAGACGAUUACUGUGUUGGAGAAAAUGUGCGGCAGCUCCCAUGCAAUCACAUGUUUCACAAUGAUUGCAUAGUUCCCUGGCUGGAGCAGCAUGACACUUGCCCUGUGUGCAGAAAAAGCUUGACUGGACAGAACACAGCAACAAACCCUCCACAACUAUCAGGGAUGAACUUUACCUCCUCCUCUUCCUCAUCUUCAUCCUCUUCUACCCCUCAGUCUUCAAGUUCGACCAGCAAUGAGAACUCCACUGAUAACUCCUAGAGAAACAGUUCUCCUCAUAACCCUAUGAGCUGUUAAUAGCUCCUAGGCUGCUUUACUUCAGAGAGGUGACCUCCAGUUUCUCCCUGUCAUAGGGUAGAGACCUGAGUGCAUCUCACCAGGAGCACUCAAGCCUGACUCAGGGGUAAGUGAUAUUAAGUCAGUCCUGGGCCUCCCUCUCUCUACAGGAGUCUGAACAGAGGAAGGCCAGAAGCCCUGGAGUGCAACUUCUCUCAGGGAGGAUGUGGAGAAGCAAGGAUACUAUGAGAGGCUUGAUAGGCCUGAAUCACCUCAUACAGGGAACAGAGUGCAAAGGAAUCCAGUGAAGGUAGAGGACAUGGGACAACAAGAGAGUUGCUGACUUUUCUUUUUUUUAUUGCCAGACUAUAAUUACAAAUGACCCAUUUUUGACAGCGAUAUCUCUGAUAAAAGUACACUAUUUACGAGUGCAAUUAAGGUUUGGAACAUCUCAAAUUUGAUUCCUUUUAUUUCUCAAAAAGAAAUAUAGUAUUUUAUAAUCCAAAAUAAAUAAAUAACAUUUUAUGGUUUUCUGACACCACACAAGUACCAUUGUUUGCUCUUGAUGCUCAUGAUGUGUCCAAUUGCAGUUAUUUUGUGCCGUUUGGGUAGUGAUGUGGAUGAUCUUGACAAAGUUUGUUUUUAUCUGCAAACCCAAAAUGUUGAUCCCCUUUUGACAUUAUACACUCAAGAGACAUUUUCGUGCGCUUGUGCUUUUUAACUUCAAGGAAGUAUUUUGUAAAGUUACCUGUUGAGAAAUGAUUGGUUUGCAGUAUGAUCAUAUAUACAUAAGAAACUGAUAUGGAAAUAAAGAUGUUUGGGUGCUACCACUCAAAAUUCA